AUGGGCACUCUAUCACAACGAGCCACAGAGGCUGUGGGUGGGCUAGAUUUGCCAUGGAGGUUCGCGCCAAGGGGUGAUUACGAUCCUGACCAUAAUCCUUCGGGACUGGUAUCUUUUGGCACAGCUGAAAACGCCUUGGUGACGGACCAGCUCAAGGAAUUUACGGACCAGAAUGUGACUAUCUCACACGAGGACUUUCUGUACCGUGGUAGCCACGCAGGGGGCUCUCGAUUCCCUUCGGCUCUGGCUGCCCACCUCAACGAGUACUUGACUCCUCACAGCCCCAUUACCCCAGAUAUGAUCCAGUGUGUCGGUGCCGCUACUGCAAUGCAUGACAUCCUUGCGUGGGGAGUUGCGGACCCUGGCGAUGGUGUAUUGACCAGUAGGCCUGUUUACGGUCGGUUCGAGCUUGAUUUCGGGAAUAAAUCCCAAGUGAGAGUUGUGUACUCCGACAACAAGACCAAGAAUGCUUUCCAAGACAAUAUUGUCGACAAGUUUGAGGAGGCAUUGAUGAGAUCCAAAAAGGCUGGUAUACACGUCAAGAUGGUGCUGAUUGUCAAUCCUCAUAAUCCUCUUGGGGUCAUUGACCCAGAUCUCCUCCACGUCACCUACGGUCUCAGCAAGGAUUUUGGCGCCGCGGGGCUUCGUCUAGGCGCUAUAAUUACUCGAAGUCGACCAGUCCUUCGUGCAAUCCAGGCAGCGAUGCGUUUUCACAACCCUUCCGGUGCUAGUCUAGCAAUAGGAAGCGCUAUGCUCGAGGAUAGAGUGUGGUGUCGAUCUUUUGUGGAUUCAUCGAGAUCAAAGAUUGCACAAGCUCAUCGACAUGUCACUUCGCAGCUCAAGGACAUGGGCAUCAAAUACUUACCGGGGAGCAACGCGGGUUUCUUUGUCUGGAUUGACUUAUCUCCGUACCUUUCAUCUGAGUUGGAUGGAGAGUUAAAUCAAGAAUUUGCUCUCGCGAAAAGAUUGCGCCAGGAUGGUGUUUUUCUGCAUCCCCGAGAGGAGCAUUCGCAAGAACCAGGGUGGUUCCGAGUAGUGUACACGCAAGACCCAAGAACCGUGACCGAAGGGCUACAAAGGAUCAGGCGGGCAAUUUUGUGA